UUUCCUCAAAAGGGCAUGAGAGAAACAUCCGUCACUUUCUGAAGACAGCCAACCUUUCAGAGGUUCAACAUUGUCAGCUUUGGGACAAUCUUUUGAAGAAACACAAAAGCCGGGCCACGGUGAAGCAAUGGCACCCCGCAUACGACUGACUAUAUCAAAGCCCCUCCCAACCAUCUGUGAAACCCAAGAGGAAAUGUUUGAAGAUGUAACCAGCAAUGCAAAAGGCAUUGAAUGCUUCUCUAUCAAGGCAGAUUCUUGCUCCAGUGAUGACUACCUUCAGUCUAUCUGCCAGUUGGCAAGGCCCACCUUCCCCAUGUUUCCUGAAAACCAACACGCGUUCCCAGACAAGAAAGUGUUAGAAAGACUCCAAAGAGCAUCAUGGUUCCCAAAGCCAGCAGCGGCACCUCAAGCCAUUCCGAAGUGCCAGCUGAUCAACAUCUUCUCUGGCAUGAUGCCUUCAGAAAAAGCGAGUCUAGCCCUCAACAGUACGAAGGUAUUCUCCUGUCCCAGGGCUGAUCCGCUGGAACAGUUGUACGCCCACGCGGAGAAGACCUGGCACAAGGCGGGGUCUGUUUACAAGGAAAGCUUUAGCACGGAUGGCUCACAGCAUAGCCACUUCAGCCCUUGUGAUACCGGAAAGAGGGAGGACACUCAUCCCUCCCACUCUCAAGGCAAAAAGAGAGAGACACAAGAUCUAGCUGGGUUAUUCAGGUUCCCAAGGCUUCCCUCUCCAAGACCACUGGAGAGAGAAAAUAGCUGCCCAGAACUGAAGUGUCUGAAAAGCAAAAAGGUAACAGCUGUUUCUGAAAAUGAUCAAACUCGGGAAGAAAACAGGGCCAUAUUUAUUGACGGUAAACGGCUAUGGCCACACCCGCCCAGAGAGAAACUGCAAGGAAACAAGGUUUUGAGCGGCUCUCUACGAAGACAAGGUGCUAUGCUCAGAACAUCUGGUAGCACUGAAAAAGAAGAGUGGAAAUCUAGCUAUAACAACCCCAUGAAGGGAGAUGUUCUCCAUACACCAAGUUAUCCACAGUGCUUUCACGUAGACAAAAAGGCCACGAUCCACAGCUGGGUCUCUGAGUGCGAGUGUGCCUGGAAAGGAGCGAAGAUUAAAGCUUGCCUGCUUCCUGCCAUUGCAGAAAUAUGAGAGUGUGAUGCGAAGGCAGCUGAAUUUUUUGCAAGAAAUUGGGGCCACUGAUGUCUUAAAGUUCUCCCUGCUCCCUGCAUUCGCUGUGCAGAGUAGAAGGGUGAAGCGGUAUAUACAUUUACAAAUGAAUCACAGACUCAUAGGAUCAUAGACCUGGAAGGGAUCUCAAAGGGUCAUUGAGUCCAGUCCCCUGCCCUCACGGCAGGACCAAGCACCAUCUAGAUCAGUGUUUCUUAAAU